AUGGAGAAGCAGCAGAUCACGAACGACGCGAAACGGAGGUGUUACCAGUGUUUCGCUGAGAUAGAGCCAGCUCGGAUGCGGAACCACGUUGGUGAACACACACUCAAAGCCAUGUGUGGCGUACCCGAGACUCUACAAGGACAACAUAUCGCUCUGUUCGAGUUUCCAUGCGGCUUCUGUGGUCGUCCAGAACGCCUGUGUGCAGCUUCAACAUUGACGAAGGGCAUUAACGGAAGCACGCCUCAAGCGCGAAGCGAAUGCCCUUACUACCGGUUGUUCUUCUAUCAACCGAGCCUCAAGUCCUCCGCCGCAACACCCUCUACGAACGUACCUGUCAUAUGCAAGAUCCCUGAAUGCAAGGCCGAGAAGGGCGGGAAUUGGAGUGCUGUAUGGAAGUAUAAUCUGCGUGAGCACAUUCUUCGUUUCCAUCCCACAUAUAGUCUCGAAACCGCCGGGUCGGAUGGGUUGAUCCCCCUACCUCCUGCGAUGUUGCAUGACAUGCACAUUUCCGACGAGGAGGAGCAUGGACUGAAGAUUCUGAAGGAUUGUAUACCUUACAAAUCCCCUCUACCCACUCUUGAACCCGAGGCGUCCACAUCUACUAGUACCUCUGCACGCACUGGUGCACAUCGAGCGAAGAGGAGACGUACACAGAAGGGAGGCUGACGGCGAGCAUACAAUGCAUAUUAGCGUUGUUUAAUCGAUUUCCUGGCUGCUAUUACAUUUCGCUAUACUCUCGUGCUCGUUUUAAUGCUACACCGUCAAACCGACGCGUCGCAGUGUAUCCGGGUACGGUCAUUGAGGACGCGUCGUAGCGCGUCCUCCUCGAUGGUCAUGCGUUGCCCCUUUAGGACAUGUGCCUGGGCGCUCGACUGCCUAUCUAGGAAGGACCUACCGUACCCCCCCAGUUUCCGGGGUCCUCGGGUUUUGGGAGGACGAUGUCUGGGAUUUUGUUCUUGCCCCCCUCUUG